CUUGUGAGUUCGUCUGUCUGUCCAACAGAGACGCCAUUAAAACGCCUACCGGAGAAGAAAAGGUGGUGCUGAAAAGAGCAGGCUUGGGAAACAAGAAAAUACAAUUUUGCUUAGAUGAUAGUGAAGAGCUCUUCACAAAAAAACUAUUUAGCGAGGAAGGAUUCAACAAGUUGCGAGAUUGUGGUGGGUUUGAGCUUCUACGAUGCCAAAGCAAUUGCAGAUUACUAGAAAUCAUAUCUAGUAAAUAUACACCAGAAAGUUUGAGGUCAAUAAUUGGUGGUCAAUCUAAAAUUUACAUUCGACCAAUUCAAGCAAACUUAUCAAUGAGUGCAAGUCCCGUUGUCCAGAUUGCAAAUACAUCGGAAAUAAAAGAAAAAUGCAGAUUUUGCGAAAAAGAUAUUCUGAUAACAGAUCUUAGAGAUCAUUUGAAGGAUUGUGAUGAUAAUGUACAAAAUGUACAGUCAACAGAACCUUUUGCAGAAAUACAAAGCACAUCUAGUUUUAACCUUCCAACAGAAUUUGAUUCGGUUGACAAUUCAGAUGAAGAUCUUCCACCUUUGCAUUUAGCUAGAAAUAAUAAUGAAACCACUACUGAAAUGACGGGACAGACUGAAGAUCUAUUGAAGCGAACAAUAAACUCUUGCAUAGAUUUCUGUACCGAACAUAAGGUAACAGAUCCUGUUGACAUUCUUCGGCACAUACAAGAGAAAAUUGUUUGUGGCCGAGACCUGGAUCUUUCAGAUGAUGCCACAACUAAUGAUGGUGAAACCAAUUUUAUUUUGGUUGAUAGGGAUACUUUGUUGCAAUCGGCUUUUGAAGAGAUAACUGCCCUUACAGAUCUUAGAUUGACUUUGCAAGUACAGUUUUAUGAGGAGGGUGCAGUUGAUUUGGGUGGACCACGAAAGGAAUUUUUUGCAAUUCUAAUGAGAGAUAUCAAACAGAAGUAUUUUGAUCCAGUUAAGGAGUGGUCAAAAGAUUAUGAGGUUAUUGGGAAGAUAUUUGCUCUCAGCAUCCUUCAGAAUGGAGCUCUACCACGAAUCAUGACAACAGAUCUGAUAGAAGAACUUUUUGAAACGGAGGAACCAAGGCAAUUUGUAAAAGACCUUCGCAGGGGUCUUGAUUCUUUGGGAUUUUAUCAGUUGGUCAGAAGUUUACCCUCAUUAAUCCACUUGUUCACACCAAUUCAACCAACCCCGAUCACUUUCAAGAAAAUAACAACUUUAUUGAAGCCUGAGUUUGCUGCAGAGGGGUCAAAUCGAAUGAAAGCCGAAAAAAAAGUCUAUUCUAAAUUUCUUAAAUAUUUAAGAGAAGCUGCUAGUGGAAGAAGGGGCGAUGUUAACUUAGCCAAAGUUCUGAAAUUUGCAACCAGUGUGGAAGAGGAACCAAUAUUAGGGUUUACAUUGCACCCAAGUCUACAUUUUUCAGAGCGUAAAUCACAUCUACCCACAGGCAAUACGUGCAUCAACCGACUAAUGCUAACAGUUCCAGAGAAUGGAGGGAAGCUUCCUGAAGAAGAUGUCUUGUUUAACUUUUUCGAUUACGCUUUCUGCAAUGCUUACUAUGGAUUACAGUAGUCAGAUCUUGAGUUCAAUUACAUUAUGUGUAUUUUGUUAAUUACUAGCAGAAAUAGAAAACACUGCUCCUCGUAUAGAACAUGUGUUUAUACUAUUAGAAAGAUAUUAAGACAGAUUUUAAAAAUUUAUGUACUUCAAAUAUGAUUUGAGUGUUUGUAAUUUCCCUUAGCUUGAUUGAACAGGAGUCAAUACAUUCCAGUAUUGUAUAUUAUAUAUAUGUCAAAAAUGACAGUUCCUUGAAUCAGUUCUUAACAGCAGUAAAUGAAAAACUGUUCUAUCUAAGACAUUUAUCUUAAGCAUGGAAGUGUUCAUAUAUUAUAAUUGUAUCAGGACUAUAAUUAUGGUUAGAAAUUUGUUAAUGACGUCUAAGAUUGUAUGAAGUCUUGUGUUUUACUUUGACGAUUGAACAAUUAGUUUCAUUAUUUUGUAACUCAUGUAUGAAGCUUGUUCCCAUGCUUAUAUUUUGUUAAACUAUAGAGCCAUUGCUCUUGACUCUAAAAUUUCAGGCAUAUGAUUGUUUUUACUUAACACUGUAGAGAGAAAAGAAUUAUUUCUUCUGAAUCUUCACGUGGACCGAGUUUUAUUAAACUUUUAAGAUGGGGUUUCAUUGAAA